AUGGUUAUUGACAUCUAUUAUUGGUUUGACAAGAGUACGAAACGAAAAGCUUUACUGGCAGAAUUUUACUCCUUCCAUGAUGUAGACUAUCGUAAAAUAGUUAAACAUGUGAAUACCAGAUGGUUAAGUCUAGAACAAGCUGUUACUCAGGUGCUGCAGCAAUUUCCUGGCCUCAAGAGUUACUUUUUAUCUAACGGUAAAUAUAUGAUCUACUGAAAUCUUAAUAUUCAUUAUAUAUGCAUGGUGGGCAUUAAUUUUUAUAUUACGAUUACGGCCUUGUUCAUCACUUAUAUAACUCAAUUUACGUCUUAAUUGUCUGUUAUAGAUGAACACGAAGCAAGGUUUGGGAGAUUACAAACCUUAUUCGAGAAUCCUAUGACGGAAGUUUAUCUUCUCUUUUACCAGUCAUCCCUUCAAGAAUUUAUUCAUUUUAACAUGUUUCUACAAAGGGAAGACCCUAUUAUCCCGGUUGUCUAUGAGCAGACAACAUCGUUUUUGCAGAAUCUCACUGGUAAAUUUCUAACUGUGGCAGCUAUUAAGGAAGCAAAGGGGGACUUAAGUACUCUUGAUUUUAAGGACCCAAAAUUUCAGCAUCCAGGUAAGAUACUGUAUCUUUAUCCACUGUAUAUACAGAACUUAUACAGAACUCCUGCUGUACAUGCAUCACUGGCACUGGUACAGUAAAUAAAUAGAGAAUAAUACAUUGGUGCGCUGAAAUACCAGAUUUACUUGACAUGAUAUCUCACGAGUGAGCGCAGCGAACAAGUGAGAUAUCAUGUUCAACAUGAGAAAUAAACAUGUAUUUUUCUGAGCUCAUGUAACCCAUGUAUUUUUCUGUUUAUUAUAUAAACAAAAUUCAGUGAAAAACAAUAAAACGUCUGUGGCAAUGCGUUUUACAACAAAUGAUAUUUUCACACAUAAAAAAUAUCGUAUUCUUUACGUUUUAUCGUAUAUUGUAUAUGUGUGUUUUUCAAACUUAGAGAAGAGGGCGACAUCAGCCAAACACAUCCAAUUUAAUUGA